CCUCCUCAAGCAGGCCGCAGAUGAUGGACCUAAGAAAUGAGAGCACAGUGACAGAGUUUAUCCUCGUGGGCUUUGAGCAGAGCUCCCUUUCCACAAGUGCAUUGCUCUUUGCCCUCUUCCUAGCCCUCUACAGCCUUGCCGUGGCCAUGAACGGCUUCAUCAUCUUCAUCACCUGGACAGACCCCAGGCUCAACAGCCCCAUGUACUUCUUCCUUGGCCACCUCUCCUUUCUGGAUGUCUGCUUCAUCACCACCACCAUCCCACAGAUGCUGAUCCACCUGGUGGUCAAGAAUCACACUAUCACCUUUGCCUCCUGCUUAACCCAGAUGUAUCUGGUUUUUGGAGUGGGUGUGGCUGAGUGCAUUCUCUUGGCUUUCAUGGCCUAUGACCGUUUCGUUGCUAUCUGCCACCCACUUAGCUAUGCCCAGAUCAUGAGCCAGCAGGUCUGUGUGAGACUGGUGAGUACUGCCUGGUUCUUCGGGCUGAUCAAUGGCAUCCUGCCUGAGUGUAUGUCAUUCUGGAAUCCCUUCUGCAGAGACAACCAUGUAGAAAACUUCCGUGAGGCCCCCAUAAUAGCACAGAGUGGGAGCAGGGAAAAGCAGCCUUGCUGGACACCCCACGAGAAGCUGGUGCUGGAGACCAAGGCUGCAGAAGUCCCUCUUCUGGAGGAGAAGUUUGGAUCUGACUAA